AUGUCAUUUGUGCUUGCAGCUAAACCAAGGUUUGUGUACCUUACGAACAAACAGUUGCAAACCAUUGGUAAGCGGUUACUUACACAAUCAGCCAAAUCGUCAUUCAAGUCGUCACAAUGUUUGUUAAGUGGACCCAACACAAUGAUUAAGACGGCAUCUCCCAAAAAGAGUCAACAGCAGUAUAGAAAGUCGGUUGCUUUGGUGUCUGGAGUUAUAAUAGUAGGGUCUUACAUUGUAUUCAAUCAAUCUAACUAUUUUAACUUGGAUACAUUACCACUGAAUUUACCACCUCCUCAACAAUCAAAGAAAUUGUUACAAGAUAACCAAAAGAAAUACUUCAGUACUUCAACAUCGUCAUUGCAUCAAAAAGACAGUAUAAGUCAUCAGCAACACAAGGAAGGGAUAUUUUUGUUGAAUGAAGAACAAGUAAGUACUAAAUUACGUCAAUUCGAAGAAAGUUAUACUGUAAAUAGAGGCAAAGGCGUGACUAGAUACGAUAUUUGUCAAUUACCUUCUAAUUCCCCCAUUGAGGAUGACAGAGCAGAGGAAAUAGUACAGGUGCCGAUAUUACAAGAUAACAAUAUCAAAACAUCAACUGACUGGAUGUUUUUUGGCGUGUUUGAUGGGCACGGUGGUUGGACCACUUCGUCUAAGUUAAGAGACCAACUAAUUGGUUAUGUUAUCAAUGAAUUGGGAACUAUUCAUAAACCUGUACAGGGAGAAGAAAACUUGCGCUAUGUUCCCAACAGCGCCACUAUUGACCAGGCCAUCAAGAACGGGUUUUUGAAAUUGGAUCAUGAGCUAGUCAAUAAGAAUAUUGAGAAACUAUUAACCGAUGGCAAUAAGGCCAAGGCAGCUGAAUUGUUGAUGCCAGCCUUGUCAGGUUCCUGUGCGUUAUUGAGUUUUUAUGACACCAAUUCGCAAAUGCUCAAAGUGGCCGUAACGGGUGACUCAAGAGCAAUUUUGGGCUCAUUUAAGGAUAAUCAUUGGACUGUACGUCAAUUGAGUAUUGACCAAACAGGUGCAAACCCAUCAGAAGUUGCUCGUAUUAUCAGCGAACAUCCGAAUGAGCCAAAAGUAAUAAGAAAUGGCCGUGUAUUGGGUAGUCUAGAGCCAACAAGAGCAUUUGGCGACUGCCGCUACAAGCUACCAGCUGUGAUUCAAGAGAGGAUAUAUAAACAGUUUUUUGGAAGACCAUUGCCAAAUCAAUUAAAGUCGCCGCCAUAUGUCACGGCAGAACCAAUUAUCACCACGACAAAGAUUAAUCCAAAUGAACACGAUUUUUUGGUUAUGGCGUCUGAUGGGUUAUACGAAAUGUUGACAAACGAAGAGAUUGUGGGAUUAGUGGUCAAAUGGAUGGAAAAAGCAGACAUGAUCAAGCCGCGCAAGUCGUGGUUUGGAUUUGGCAGUGCAGACAGCAAAUUGCCAGACGUUAAGGAUGUAACCAAUGAUAGAGCGCUGAAAAAGCCUUUGAAUAACAAAUUGGGAAAUAGCUUUCUAUUAGAAGAUAACAACGUAUCUACUCAUUUGAUUCGAAAUGCGUUAUCCAACGGUGGGUCCAAGGAACAGACGUCUAUGUUAAUUUCAAUUCCAAAUCCAGUUUCCAGAAGAUAUCGUGACGAUUUGACAGUUACAGUUGUGUUCUUUGGUAAAGAUGCCAAAGGAGAAGAUGAAAAUGGCACCUUAGAGGUCAAUUGGAAUGCCACUGCUGGUGGAUUAAAUGCGGCCAAACCAAAACUUUGA